AUGAAACCGAUUCGAAGAAGGUCUCGAGCAUCCAAGAAAACUCCUAUAACUCGUCUGAACGCUAGCAUCGCGAAUUUUCGGGCACUAGUGCAACAACAUACUGGAUGUCACUCUAGUCCAACAUUCAAAAAUCAAAAAGGUCCAAUUAACCUAAGUUUUGGACCAUCAACUGAUGAUGAUCAGAAUGAAUAUAGUUUUGGAAGUUAUUAUAAUCAUGAAGAUCAAGCUGAGAAAUAUUCAAAGGACAAUAGUUUACAGCAAGAAGAACAAGAGAGUGGUACUUCUGCUUCUGCUGGUUAUAGUAUCAAUUCUGGAAAUAGUAAGUUGAGUGUAAAUGAUUAUGGAUGGUAG